UUUGAAAAGCCGGCCAGCCCCUAGCAACCUCUAGCUGCAGGUGAACAUGUCUCCGCUUUUGGAGCCCACGCGUCUGUCACAGAAGGAAUCGGGUGCGAACGGGUCGUGUCCCGCUGAGAAGAUGGAGAACGGUGCAUUCCUGGGGUCCCCGAAAACCCAACUGACACAGAAUGGAGAGGCUCAUGUGGCCAUCCCUCCACCGAGUGGAAACAGCAGGAAAAUUGAUCCUGCAGGUUUGUGGGCAGAUCUGAAACCAUGGGCACGUCGCUGGGCAGUUAAAAGCCUCCUUCUCAAUGUUGUCCUGGUCAGCGUUGUCAUCAUCCUCAUCAUCAUCCUCGCGGCCUGGAGAGCCAAGACCUGUGAGCCGUGCCUGACUGGUGCCGCCUGCCCAGCGGCCGCCUGCCCUGAGGACUGGGUCCGGUACCGGGGGAAGUGUUACUAUUUCUCAGAGCUGGAAGCGACCUGGACCGACAGCCAAAAGAACUGCUCUGCCCAUGACGCCUCCCUGGCUGGGAUUGACUCGCAGCAGGAGAUGGAUUUCCUGAUGCGCUAUAAAGGAUCCUUUGACCACUGGAUCGGACUCCAGAGGGAACCGGGCCAGCCCUGGAAAUGGGCCAAUGGCACCAAAUUCAACAACUUGUUUCUAGUUGGAGGAGAAGAACACUGCGCUUUUCUGAACCACAACGACGUGGGCAGCACCGGCUGUGCAGAGACGGGACGCUGGAUCUGCAGCAAACCCGUGCAGAAACCAGAAAGCAGAGUCCAGUGAUGAGACAGCAGCAAGGCAGAGAGACACUCAUUGAAGGACCCCCCCGAGGAGUCUCUACCUCCCACGGGCCCCUUUGCGGGCGUGGGGCGCUCCAGGGAUUUCACGUGGAGGUUUUAUCAUGGGAUGUUCCAGCAGGCCCUCAAUCUGGACUAGAAGAGGGACUCUGGUCUGGAAGAGGCUACUGUGCCGGCCCGUUUGGGGUCUGACGAAAGGUCUGUCUCUCCCCCCCCCCUCCGAGGGCCAACUGGCUGCGGUCCAGGGAGUUGCAUUUUCCACACAGCCCUUUCAGCAAGGGGCGGGUUGGACGGAACCUGCGGCCAGUGCCCGGCCUGGCUAAAAGGAUUGGAACCGCUCCCAAAGGGAAAAGACGGAGACUGUGCUGAUGGUCCUUGAGCUCGCAGGAGAGAGCGAGACCCCGGAGCCCUCCCAAGCUGAGGGCACCCCGGUGUUUAGUCUUAAUAACCACAAGAGCCGGGCUACUGAAACAAAAACAAAAACGUUUUUGUGGGAGCUAAAACAAAAAAGUCGCCCAUCGCCUGGUCUUCUGCUGAGCGGCGUUUUAGUCGUUCUAUUCCUGGACUGCCAUUGCUCAUUAAAAGUGGUGCCUUGGGGUAGAAAUCAGGUCACUAUUGCAUUUUAUUCAGAUCUGCAGGGCGGGCGGUGCAUGCGCAGCACAGUCUGUGCAUGUGCAGCGUGCAAUUCUGCACCACUGGCGAGCCCUGAUUAUAAUUAUGGUGAUAGAAAAUAUGCAAAUAAAAGCAAUAUAAAAUAAGUUAUCCAACUUCAAGGUAGCUUUCAUUUUGUAAAUCUUAAGUUUUGUGAAAGUAGAAAGAAUUAUACUGUAAGAGAAAGAUGAAUUGUGCUGUAAUAACUGAAUAAGUUGAAGGAAUUCUGUUUGUCUUUUUAAGAGAAAGAAGAAAAGUAUGUUAAUGUUGAUUGUAGGUAUGCAGAUCAAGGUGCUAGCCAAUUUGGGCCUGAGUUUAACAGGAAAAGGAACAUUAAGUGUUAGACAGGAAACAAUUCCAGAUAAUCAGGGAGAUAUAGCCAGGAGAUUGCUGUGUGCUUAAUAUUGAAAUGAAGAUACUUAACCACACUAAUAAUGUGAAGUUUUGCCACACCCUUUGAUCUUGUUAACUUGGCCUUUUGACUGUAUAAAAUCAAGGGGUUUGAA